AUGAACCCAAAUGAGAAAGGGUAUCUGCCAAUCCGAACAGAAGCCUGGACGGCGGGGCGGGAUAUCGAUUCUUGCCGCGGAAAAUUGCGAUGGUGCACCGGUUACUUGAACGACUACCUGAAAAACGACCUGAAUUGGAAAAAGGGCCACGAUCCGAGAUUUGCGAACAACUCGUGCGUCUACAUCGACUUUGGGGAUCCAGUUGAGCCUAGUCUGGCGCUGGCUGACUGCUCGGAAAAGAAAAAGAUCAUCUGCGAGGCGCCCAUGGGAGUCGGCUUCAAAUCGCAGAUGCAUUAUCAACCUUGCAGGAGGAAUUUCAGAGUUAAAGAAAGCGAUGCCGAGAAAAUUUGGAACACUGGCGAUUUGAACAGAACCAGUUUCGCAGCCAAAAAAAUGAUUCAAUGCCUAGCAGAGCACAUAGGACUGGUGUACAACUCAACUAAAAUCAACACGCGUGUGUACCUGGGAAUGAUGUCCAGAAUAAACCAUCCCCUAAACAUCGAUGCAUUGGAUCAAGUGAUGGAUAGCUACACUGCGUGGUUCCAGUCAUUCCCUAACCAAUACGCCGGGAUUAAGUCCAAAAUUUUCUAUUUCGACAUGAUGAAAGACUUGCAAAACGAAUUUUACUCGACCCACUUUGAUUUUGCCGCCGAAAUGAUCAUCAAACUCGACGAAUGCAGACGAACCAAAAUAACGAACGAGGAAACGUUCGCGUUUGACUUCCUGGUGUGCGUCCUUCAGGCCAAAGUGUUGGACCGUUUCUGGCGAUUUUACGAAUUCAACUUGGAACAAGGCACUGUGAUUCCCGCGGACCACGAACUGAACUCACCGUGCAUGACGUUUGACAAUUUUUUGAAAUAUGAAGCGUCUAAAUGCAUUCAACCGGGUAGCUUGCUUCCGCUGAAUGAAUCUGGGUCUUUUCUUACCCUGACACCGAUCAACGUAACAAUGUCCAAAACGUCAUCAUUCACCGCGUGUUUGGAGCGGAAUGGCUCGCUGCCUUACGCGGAAACCAAGCAGGAGUUUGAAAUGAUCUACAAUUUCAUCAGAGGUGAGGCUCCGAAGCUGACGAUCAUAUGGGACCAAGGCUAUUACGACAAGCUGAAGAAAAAAUUCAUGUGGUGCCGCAGCGACUUGAGUCCCUCCCGACCCGGGGCCAAAAUUCCGAUCCCUGUCGCCGUGAACAAGAUAGCCAAAGAGGACUUCGUGAUGCUGGUCUCGCUGCCGGGUGCGACGCCAAAUCUGCACGCAGUCGCCGCCUCUGAGCUGCUCAAGUAUAACACAGACGUCUUCUGCCGCUUCCCAGAUCACGCCGUGAACGAGUGCACGACCAACAAUUCAAGCAAGACGUCGUGGUACUAAAUGCUUUUCUAUUCGAAUUGUGAA